GUGUCUGUCUAUAGGCCAGUGUCAUGGUGUCUGUGAGUUCCCUCUUGUACUCUCUACAAUGGGGUUCACAGCAUGUCUUGUGCGUUGAGAGCAGCGUGUGUGGAUAGACCUGGGUGCCCGCCACUAACAUUUAGGGUGCUGCUACACGAGGCCAGAUGUCGUGUGUGUGAGUGGAAAAACUGUAGCGCGCCCACUGAGAGAGGUGAAUCACAGCCGCUAUAAUCAUGUGUUUCCAUUGGCGACAGAUGAGGACGUGAAAUGCUGAAUCCUGAGGAUGCCAGGAUUGAUGAUGAUGAUCUGAGGCAACAGUUUAUCAGCGCAGGACACAAACGUCAGAUUUGAUUUAAAGACAUUGUUUCUCCCUCCAUGAUGCUGCAGAGAAGAGGAGCUGACCAGUCAUAGCAUUAACUCCUCCCCACCAUAGUGGACAGCAUGGAUGCUCAAAAAACCCACCACCAGAUGACAAGCAUUGUUACUGAUACAAGCGUUGUGUUGGUUCCCAGGGCAGCUUGACUUAACACUUACCAGGUAACAGCCCUUGGUCUAAGAUGAACUCUGCGAACAACAGCUGUGGAAACAUUGACGAUCUGCGGACGUAUCAGCACUAUGUGUAUGCAGUGGUGUACAGCGUGAUCUUAGCACCUGGCCUGCUGGGUAAUGUGCUGGCACUGUGGGUGUUCAGGGUCUAUGUCAGAGAAACCAAGAAGGCUGUGGUGUUCAUGAUGAACCUGGCUGUGGCCGACUUGCUGCAGGUGCUCUCUCUGCCGCUGAGGAUUUACUACUACCUGAACAACACCUGGCCAUUUGGUCGACAUCUCUGCAUGCUCUGCUUCUAUUUCAAGUACGUCAACAUGUACGCCUCGAUCUAUUUCCUGACGUGUGUCAGUGUGCGUCGCUGUGAGCUCAUCAUCCGACCACUGAGGUACAACUCAUCCAAGCGAAAAAGGGACUUGGUGAUAUGUGCCCUGGGCUGGCUGUUUGUCUGUCUGGCCUGUCUGCCGUUCCUUCUGCUGAGGAACCCCAUCUCUGAACAGCACAGUGAUCAGCCCCUCACACAUAAUGUGUGUUUUGCUGAGCUGCCCCUGAGGCCUAUCAGCACUCCGGCAGCCUGGACUCUCCUCUUCAUAGCUGAGCUGAUAGGUUUCAUCAUCCCCCUCAUCCUGGUGUUGGCCUGCACCUGUCUAACUGCUGGGAGUCUUCGGAAGCUGACAGAGGGGGCCAUUCCUGACCGAGGAGAGAAGCGGAGAGCGUUAAGGAUGGUGCUUAGCUGUGCUGGCGUGUUCUUAGUGUGUUUUGCUCCUUACCAUAUCACUAUGCCUCUGGACUUCUUGGUCAAAGCCAACGCUGUGAGCAGCUGUGACUUCAAAGAGCUGAUUAAGCGAUGUCAUCCUGUCACGCUCUGUCUGGCCAGUUUGAACUGCAGCCUGGACCCCCUCAUGUAUUAUUUCACAACUGACGAAUUCUGGAGGCGCCUGAGCAAGCACGAUGUAUCAGAGGACGGGAAUUUCAGCAGGCGCAUGUCCUGCAUAACUGGAGGAGAAACCACACAGAGCGCUCACGUUGAAGCACCAUUAGUUCAGUCUUAACCACUAAACCAUGACAUAAAGUCCAUACAUAGUGUGAUACGUGUGCGCUUUCAGACUUAAAAAUAACACUCACAUGUAGUGGUUAGCGCUCUUGCCUUUGCAGCAAGAAAACCUGGGUUAGCAACCCGGUCAGAACAAGGGUCUUUCUGUAUGGAGUUUGCAUGUUCUCCCUGUGUGUGCGUGGGUUUCCUCUCACAGUCCAAAAACAUGCAAUAUGGGGAUUAGGUAAAUUGGACACUUUAAAUAGGUGAGAGUGGAUGGCUGUUUGUCUAUGUAUGUGUCCCUGUGAUGGACUGCUGAACUGUCCAGGGUGUACCCCGCCUAUCGCCUAUCGUCAGCUGGGAUUGGCACCAGCGCCCUCUGAGCCUCAUGUGGAGGACAAAGCAGUAGAAGAUGGACAGACGGAUGAAUUAUAACAUUUAUUAUAACAAUUAUGACAAGAAAUAUGUGCUUAGUAAGAAAUAUUACAUUUUUAGUGCUAAGACAAAAAACACUGAAUAAUAAAUAGAAUGUAUUAAAACAGUUAAAGGGAACUGAAAGAGAAAUUGUUUAAAAAUGUAAUCAUGUUUGUCAUUUUCUUUUUUCUAUUUAUUUUUCAAUAAAAUUGUUCUUUCUACAUUUGUUACCAUCAACAAACAUCUCUAAUAAACAUCAGGACACAGAAAACAACGAUGUAUAGCAACACUUAACUUUAGAGUCUUUAAUCUAGAAUCUAACUGCUGCA